AUGAAGAUGACGAUGAAAGCGAACAAGUGGAAGCUGUCGUUAGAAGAUAAUCUGCUUUUGGCGCUAUCAGCCACAUCAGUGCUACUCCUUGACGGGUGCAAAUACCCAGAUGAGGUGAAACCGUUCUUUGCUUACGAACAAUGGCGCAUGACGGACGAGCAUAUCCAGCAAGUAUACGGCAUUAAACGUCAACCCAUUCCUCUCAGGACAACCACGGAACUCAGUAGCACCCUUGAUCAGUUACUCAAUAAGGUGAUUAGCCGGGAUGAGGCUGAGAUCAUCUUGAAAUCUAUGCCAUUAUCAACCAUGGAGAAGAAGAUCGCCAAAACGAUCGCCAACCUAGUGUCGAAGUUACCCCUUGUUGCCAUUGAAGAAAAUGUAAACGAGAUGGAGCUUUGUUCCCGCUUUAUUGAUCCAUUCUUGGCCGGUCUGUUUGAUGAUCCGGAUAAUGAUAUCUACUUGCGGUGGCUAGAUGAAAUUACCUUGGAAGCCAAAGCAAAAGAUUCUUCAAGCACACGUCCGGAUAUGAGUGUCACCAAAUCUUGCGGUGUCAGAUGGGCAACUACUUUGGCCUAUGGUGAAGCUAAACCUGCGAUACAAGGUGAUGAUCACUAUGUUGUUUGCAGAGACUUGAUCAAGGUAGCCCGUUUUUGCAAGGAUGCUCUCGACAGCCAGCAAUUUGAUGGGAUUCUCGCUGUACAAAUCAUUGGACGAUCUGUUGUGUUUUAUCUUCUGACGUUACCUGCGACAAGCCUCUAUACGAUGAUUCCACUGGCAACAAUCAAAGUCCCAAACAGCCUCAACGAGUUACCUGGUUUGAUAUAUAAAGUACCCGAUAUUCUCAAGGUUUUGGACUGCUUUGACCGGGUCUGUGUUCGAGCGGCACAACCGGAGACCGUCAAGAAGCGCUUUGCUCCAACAUUGUCCAUGGCGAAGAUCGAACAACUUUUUUCUCUUUCUAAAAGCCGUAAGAGGUUAUGUAACAUCCAACUUCACCACAAUUGA